GCUUUGCCAGUGUCCCUGGCCGUGUCCCUGGCUGCCCGGGUGGCCUUCCAGCAGCCGGUGCAAAGUCCAAGGCUUCGCCACAGCAACAUCGAGGUUUUGCAAGCAGCAGAGUUGGUCCUCGUCCCAGAACAGAGCAGAACUGGCUCUGCCUUCAACAGAACAAGGGUUUGUGCCCCGUGCUGCUCAGGGCUUUCACGCUGUCCCCGUGGCAGGGCUCGGCUGGCAGGGCCGGCCGGAGAGGUCUCGGCGGAUGAACUCGGAGCGCGGCCAGCGCGGCCAUGCCGGGGCUGGGACAGGCGGAGCAGCUGCCGGGGCUGCGACGGGCGGCGGAGCGGCAAAAUGGAUCUCGCUCUGCUCUUGGCAGCGCUCCUGGGACUCCUCAUUGUCAAGGCUCUUUUGUUUCAGCUGAGAAACCCGAGCUCCCCUCCUUGCAUCAGGAGCUGGAUCCCUUGGUUUGGAGCCGCGUUCCAGUUCGGGAAAGCUCCUCUGGAGUUCAUAGAGCAAGCCAGGAACAAGCAUGGACCUGUGUUCACAAUAUUUGCUCUGGGAAAACGGUUCACUUUUGUGACUGAGGAAGAAGGAACAGAAGCAUUUUUUAAAUCUGAAGACUUAAAUUUUGAACAGGCAGUACAGCAAGCUGUGAAGAAUGCAGUCUCUGUUCCUGCAGAAGCAUUUUAUCAGAACCAUGGUAACCUCUACAGCAUGAUGAAGGGGAAGAUGAGUCCCAGUAACCUGCACAUGUUCUCAGGCACUUUGUGUAAGGAGCUCCAUGAGCACAUGGCUCUCCUGGGCACAGAGGGCACAGGCGACCUCAAUGGCCUGGUAAGGCAUGUCAUGUAUCCAGCAGUGGUGAACACCCUGUUUGGGAAGGGCAUCUGCCCAACCAGUCCAAGUGAAAUCAAGGAGUUUGAAGAGCAUUUUCAGAAGUAUGAUGAGGACUUUGAAUAUGCUUCUCAGAUGCCCGAGUGCUUCCUGAGGAACUGGUCUAAAUCCAAAAAAUGGCUUCUAAAAUUAUUUGAGAAAGUAGUGUUGGAUGCUGAAAGGACCAACCCUUCAGAGGCUGCAUCCAAGACACUUCUACAACAUCUCCUGGAUAACUUGCAGGGAAAACAUCUAGCUCCCAACUAUGGUCUCCUGAUGCUGUGGGCUGCCCAAGCAAAUGCUGUGCCCGUUGCAUUUUGGACCCUUGCUUUCAUACUCUCUAAUCCUGCCAUUUACAAGAAAGUCAUGGAAGACCUGGCUUCUGUUUUUGGCAAAGCAGGUAAAGAUAAUCUGGAAGUCUCUGAGGAAGACCUGAAGAAGAUCCCUUUCAUUAAAUGGUGCACUUUGGAAACCAUACGGCUGAGGUCUCCAGGUGCAAUCACCAAGAAAGUCAUAAACCCAAUUAGAAUUAAGAAUUUCACCAUCCCUGCAGGUGAUAUGCUAAUGUUGUCACCAUAUUGGUUGCACCGGAAUCCAAAAUAUUUUCCUGACCCAGAAAUGUUCAAACCUUUUCUUCCCACAGGAUCGUUGGAAAGAGGCAAAUUUAGAGAAGAAUGCUUUCUUGGACAGCUUUGUGGCAUUCGGAGGAGGGAAGCAUCAGUGUCCAGGAAGGUGGUUUGCAAUCAUGGAAAUCCAGCUGUUGGUUGUGCUGUUCCUGUACAAGUAUGAAUUUGUGCUGUUGGAUGCAGUGCCAAAGGAGAGCCCUUUACACUUGGUGGGGACACAGCAGCCCAUGGCACCAUUACAGGUCCGGUACAAGUGCCGGGAAUGAAAGUUGUGCAGCACUGACCUUUCUUUGCCAGCCCACGCUGGAUGGAUGGACCACUGAGCUGCUUCCUAAUCCCACAUCUUCAGACAGCUUCUCUGCCUGCAGAGUUCUUGAUUUCAGCUUUCAGUGGUGUACAUUGUGCUGGGCCAAACCAGUGCAGUCAUACCUGUGCUCCCCGCUGGCUGCCCACCUCCCAGUGCUUCAAUCCAAGCUCUCCUGCUGCAUUCAUAAUUUGUGGGCCAGUUACUCACCGACUUUGCAAAUCUGAUAUACUAAACUCACCAACCAAACAUUCAGGACCAAAAGCUACAGUGUCUGGAAAUCCUGUGUGGAAGCUGUGCCAGAACCCGCAGAGAGUCAGCUCCCUUGGCCAGGUCACUGCUUCCUGCAGGGUGCUUCAAACCAAGGCCAAAUGUGUGCCUCAUGCUAAGAAAUCACAUUGGUAACAACAAACAGCUCCCUGGUGCUGGUGUGCACAAAAUCCAAGACAGUCUGAGCAGAGACCUCUGGAUCAGGACCACAUCCUGAUAAACUGUGGGGACUUGUGUGUCACUGCCUGUGUGGGCAGGUGAACGUCUGGCCUGCUCUGCCUCCAACUAAUGCUGACUUCUUGUGAAUAAAAUGCAUUUGUAAUGGAAAAA